AUGCCGAUGAGCGUGUACCGUAGCGAGAAGGAUGGAGCUUGGGAGUCGAUAGAGAGACGUUUCGAAGGAAUGCCUUUGAUCGUAUUUUCUAAGACUUAUUGCCCAUAUUCACGCCGCGCAAAAGCAUUACUAGCGUCGUAUAACCUGUCACCUGCAGCCACUAUUGUAGAAGUAGACCUCCGAGAUGAUGGCGACCUAAUCAAGCAUAUCCUCACGCGCCUCACCGGACGUGGCACCUUUCCAAACGCUAUCCUCAACGGUGUUUCAAUUGGUGGCUCGGAUGACUUGCAUUCUCUCCACGCUCAAGGACGUUUACAAGAGAUCAUAGAGAAUGCGGGCAUACACACCGAUGGUGGCUAG